AUGCCUGCCGCUGCGCUACCCGGGAUGCCUUCACAACCUCGUGAUGAUAUCGACAACACUUGGAACUACCUUCAAAAUGGCAUCACCAGGAUUAUGCUGAAUCUGCAGGAGGGAGUCGAUCUUCAUACCUACAUGGGCAUCUACACAGCCGUACACAACUUCUGCACAUCUCAAAAAGCCACCGGCUUUACUCAUGCGACCAACGUCGUUGGCGUCGGUUCAUCCCACCGUGGCGCCCAUCUACUAGGCGAGGACCUCUAUAAGAAGCUUACCGAAUAUUUGACCGAGCAUCUGAAGGGCCUGGUCGUCGCGUCAAAGGCGCACACAGAUGAGGCACUGCUAGCCUUCUAUAUAAGAGAAUGGCAGCGAUACACGGUGGCCGCCAAGUAUAUACACCACCUCUUCCGGUAUUUGAACCGGCACUGGGUCAAGCGCGAGAUGGAUGAGGGCAAGAAGAACGUCUACGACGUUUACACCCUGCACCUAGUGCGAUGGCGCGAUGUUCUCUUCACUCAGGUCUCUUCCAAGGUGAUGGAUGCGGUCCUGAAGUUGGUGGAGAAGCAGCGGAAUGGCGAGACAAUCGAGUACAACCAGAUCAAGCAAGUGGUUGAGUCUUUUGUGUCACUCGGUCUGGACGAGGGUGACUCUUCCAAAACCACACUGGACGUCUACCGCUUUCACUUCGAACGCCCAUUCCUCGAGGCAACCAAGCUGUUUUACCAAAACGAAAGCAAGCAGUUCGUUGCCGAGAACAGCGUUGUCGAGUACAUGAAGAAGGCCGAGGCCCGACUGGAGGAAGAGGAAGAGCGGGUCAAGCUAUAUCUCCACCCGGACAUCGCGAUUCCUCUCAAGAAGGCUUGCAACCAGGUGCUGAUUGCCGAUCACUCAAACAUCCUACGCGACGAGUUCCAGGUUCUUCUAGACAACGACAGGGAAGAAGAUAUGGCGCGCAUGUACAGCCUGUUGUCCCGUAUUCCGGACGGUUUGGACCCUCUUAGAACACGCUUCGAGACUCAUGUGCGGAAUGCCGGGUUGGCGGCGGUCGCCAAGGUUACGUCCGACGCCGACAAGCUGGAGCCGAAGGUGUAUGUCGACGCUCUGCUCGAGAUCCACACCCAAUACCAAACCCUUGUCAAGCGUGCUUUCAAUGACGAACCAGAGUUUACGAGGUCUCUGGACAACGCGUGCAGAGAGUUUGUGAACCGCAAUGACGUCUGCAAAUCUGGGUCCAACAAGUCCCCCGAAUUGCUGGCCAAAUACGCUGACCUUCUGCUCCGCAAGAGCAGCACGGGAGUGGAAGAUGCUGAGCUCGAGAGUACGCUUGUCCAGAUAAUGACUGUAUUCAAGUACAUCGAGGACAAGGACGUCUUCCAGAAGUUCUACUCGCGGAUGCUCGCUCGCCGCCUGGUACAUAGCACUUCCUCGUCCGACGACGCCGAGAUGAGCAUGAUCGGGAAGUUGAAGGAAGCUUGCGGAUUCGAGUAUACCAACAAGCUGCAGCGCAUGUUCCAGGACAUGCAAAUAUCCAAGGAUCUCAACGCGGGCUUCAAGGAGCACCUCCAGACCCUCGGCAGCAAAGGGCUCGACUCUUCGUAUUCCAUCCUCGGCACCGGUUUCUGGCCAUUGCAAGCGCCGGGCACCAAUUUCACCCCUCCCGAAGAGAUUCAGGCGGACUGCGAGAGGUUUACCCGCUUUUACAAGAACAAACACGAAGGGCGCAAACUCACAUGGCUGUGGCAACUGUGCAAGGGUGAUGUCAAGGCGAACUACCUCAAGAAUGCCAAGAUGCCGUACACAUUCACCGUCUCGGUAUACCAGAUGGCCAUUCUCCUCCUUUUCAACGAGAAGGACAGGAAUACAUACGAAGAGCUCGCGUCGACGACGCAACUAAACAACGAGGCGUUAGACCCUUCGCUGGGGAUUCUCCUAAAGGCGAGAGUGCUCAACAUGGAAGGGAGCGAUAAGGUGGGGCCAGGGGCGACAUUUUCGCUGAACUACGAUUUCAAGAACAAGAAAUACCGCCUCAACCUCAACAUGCCCAUGAAGUCAGAGACAAAACAAGAGGAAAUCGAGACAAACAAGACGAUUGAAGAGGACCGCAAGCUUCUCCUUCAGUCGGCUAUUGUUCGCAUCAUGAAGGCCCGCAAGCGCAUGAAGCACCAGCAGCUCGUCAGCGAGACAAUCAACCAGAUCCGGCAGCGGUUCGUGCCCAAGGUCAGCGAUAUCAAGAAAUGCAUCGAGAUCCUUCUUGAUAAAGAGUACCUGGAACGCUUGGAGGACGAUGAUCUCGGGUACCUGGCCUGA